GAAACCAGGGUCAGGCUAUUCAUGCUAAACCAGGCACUUAUCAAAGGAGUAUAGAGUUAGUAGCGUCCGGCCCGUUGUCAGAUUAGGGGAAACUUGGCAACUAUCGCAAGAUCCGUGUGACCCGCCGUAACGGCUGAAUUAGAGUCCGCAUUAGUCUAGCUUGCCGGAAACCAGUGGACCUAUUAUCGACUGGAACUCCGCGGGCCCCGGAGUCCGGCUUCCAUCGUCCAAUAAUCUAUACAGAGGCGUAUAAUGCAACCCUAUGACAAAUGCUAUACGUGGCUCAGACUACAAAUACGAGACACGAAGCGGUCUGUUCCGGACCCUCGGACUGCGCUCCGUACCGAAAAUUCUCUCUCGAACCCCUUUUCCUGUGGAUGUUCGGACGUGUGUAUACGCAGGCUGGGGGAGCCCGGCAAGCAGAUGCCGGGUCAACAGCAGGCAGGGGUGCCACCUCGGCGUGAUCACAGGCGGCAGGGUGUCGAGAGGGCGUCGAGUAUAAAGCCGGGACGCCAUUCUAUAGAUCUUGCCACUCGCAACUUGACUUCACAUUCUAACACACGCAAGCCACCAACAUGUCGACCAUAACUAUCGCCCCUACCACUACCCUCUCCACCGCCCCCGAGACGACUGAGCUCGUUCCGGGGUUCGAGGUUCGCCCGCUUGGUCCCGAGCAUCUGGACGUUGUAAAGGCGUUGUCAAACCACUCUAUGAUGUUCGAAUCGCCGAUCUGGUCCAAAAUCAUCCCCCUGAGCGAGCAGACGAAGCAUGUAUACAGGCUUUUCGAAAUCAUGGGCCCGUGGGCCAUGCACGGACUCAAAAGCGGCCACUCAUACGGAUUGUUCGAUACCAACUACGUGUAUAAGCGUCCGGAGUCAGCAGCAGCACCAGGAGGCGGAAAGCUGUACUGGGACUUUGACAACCUGAGCGCAACUAAGGAGGAGCUACUCCAGCAGCUGGACUCCCCCCUCGUAUCGGUCGCGCUCGCGUACGACGGCUUCGACAAAUUCGACCACGCCCGGCUGUGCCCGACGGAGAACUGGUUCCCGGGCGUUACGGGCAUCAUGAAGCUGCUCGUGGAGCGCGACACGCGCGACCCGGCGUCCUGGGAGCCGACGGCGCACGGGCAGGUCAUGUUCCGCAACUCGACACAGACGCGCUCCGACUACCAGGGCCACGGGCUGAUGAAGGCGCUGUCGCACUUCCUGAUGCGGCAGGCAAAGAAGGAGGGGUUCCGCGCCAUCAAGAUCGAGUGCUUCAACGAGAUCCUGCCCCGGGUCUGGCUGAACCCGCCAGCCCCGUUCAGAGCCGUGCUCGUGUCUCAGGCCCACACCAGCGAGGUGGAAGAGGUGGGCGAGGACGGCGAGACGGUCUUCCCCAUCCGCGGGGCGCCGCAGAAAGUGUCGAGGAUCCACGUCGACUUGUUGUAGCCGGGGCGAUCUCGGAUCUCGGGAGGCGUAGACUUGGGAACUGGAGGCGUCCUAGAUAUCUGCUGAUGGCCUAGAUUACACCGACAUCGUAAAUUGUUAUUUCCUCAAGCAACGAAUAGUAGAAUAGAUGGCAUCAUGUCCCGAUUCGUCGAUUACACGUCUGGUCCUCAAGCUGGCGGUAGGGUGUUCAAGAUAGGGGGAAGUGGAAGGUCUGUGAGGCGGACGUGAUGACGGGGCGUCAAUCUCGAUAGGUUACAUCCUCGACUCGGGGCUGCAUAGUCAGCGCGUUAGCGGCAGGUUCCCCGCAGUUACUAUACAGUCAUGUGCUUAUGCAAUGUAUUUAUGCAGCCUCCCUGCGGAGCAUAUUUAUGCAAUCUACUUAUGUAAGCCAUGCGCAACAGACAGACUUUUGUGGCGAUGCCAGGUGAAACAUUCCAC